AUGACCUUUCUUCUCUGGAUUCCCGCCUCCUUUGCCCGUUGGAUUCGCUUGAAAAUAUACCAAUAUGAGGUGACUUUUGCUGUAUAUAUGCUCACGCCCACCGAAAAAUUUAUUUUCAAUUCUCUCCUUCUGACCCUGAUCUCAAUGAUUAUCACCGCGAUUUACGUCUACCUCCCCGACCACCUUAGAUCCGUCUAUAGUCACCUCUAUUAUUAUUGGGCCGGCGAACGUCCCUUCAUAUCCUCCGCUUUACCAUCAAUCAGUUCGGUAUUUCGAGAAACCGGGACCCAGCCUCUGGAGGUUAUGUACGAGACUGCCAAAAAUACUGCCGCUGCUGCCACGGACACAAUUCGCGAGUUAUAA